CUUUUUGUUCGGUACCUUCAGUUUACUUGAUUUACUAUGAAAUUAAUAUAAUUGGUGAAAAAACAGAAUUUGUUUAACUUAGCUUAGUACAAAUUCCUUGCGGUCCCGAUGAGGUAUCUUUUUUAUUACGUCAAUUAAUUUUUUUUUUUACAAUUAUGUCAAUUCGAGCUAUGCUAAUACUGAGGAAACAACUGUGUUUGAUUCUCUGCUCCUGUGCAUGCACAAUUACAUGCGCCUCAUAUUUUUGAAGCUUCUUUGUUCACUUUUGCCAUGUAUCUUUGAGGAUGUGACGCCAUUUCUAAUGUGUGGUUCUGAUGGACAGUGUUAAAUAAUCUAUACCCUUAUUCUUAUGAGAUUGGUUAGAUUUGUAUAGUAUUGUGGUGCAUCUAUUGCCAAACACCUAUAACCCAGUGCUGUUCAUGUGAAGUAUCUUUUGUUCGUUUUGGAUCUGAAUGAAAUUCUAUUUAACCCCAAAAAGGAAAGACGAGGAAAACAAAUGGAAGAAAGUAAAAUAGAAUUGUCUACUGUAGUCAUAGGUCCGUCUAUUUAUUUUGCUAAAGCCUAAAGGCAAAUGUAAUCUUGCAAAAUGUUUUAGGUUAUCUGUCAAAAAUGAUUAUGUGCAAGGUGCAAGGUCUAGCUCUAAAAUAAUUAAUGAUUAUAAAAAUAAUGCAUUCUCUGUAAAUUUCUGAAUUAACUUGCAUCUGCAAAUUGUCUCACUGUUAUGCACAGUUGUUUAAAAAAUAAGCAGUCAUUACACUCGUUAGAAAAUAGAAUGUCAUACCCAUUGAUUAAAAGAACUAUUUGAAGCUUACGCCUCGAAAACUCUCAUCACAUGAGGCUUUCACGAAGUGUCGUUGUGAGGUUACACCUCAGUUUGGCAACUCAUACCUAUUCCAUUGGAUAUUGCUACUACAAAGAUUCUCGUUGUUUAUUGUUUUCGUAUUUUUGUAACCCUGAAUUUGAUUGAAGACGGUUUUAGCCCGUGACCUUCAGCCUUAUCAAAUUUUAUCAGGAACUUCGGAGUUUAAAAUGGAGAUGAGUUCCAUCAUAGAUGCAUUUGAUCGUGUUACAAAGAAGCAGAAAUCGUCGUCCUCAAAAUCUCAAGAAAUAAUUGGACAAAUUGGGCAAGAAAUAGAACAAACUUUAUCUAGAAUGCAAUCAAGUCAAGAUUCUGCAUCUGCAACUGAUCACAAGUUGAUCCUUGGAGAGGUAAAAACCAAGUUGAAAGAGAUUGCUCCACUCAGCCAACUGGAAGGCGCACACAAGGAACUGAACAGUGCCUUGAGCAAGUAUCCAAAGACCAUUGAGAAAUCCUUCAAUCCCGAUAUAUCAAAGGCUUAUCGAAAUGUCGAUUUUGAUAUUCAUACUGUCAAUCAAAUUAUUGCCAGUCAUUUCUACCGGGAGGGUCAGUUUGAUAUUGGUGAUUUUUUCAUACACGAGUCCAGGGAACCAGAAGCAGCAGCUGAUAAAUCCCCUUUCUUGGAAAUGUAUCAGAUACUUGAAGCCAUGAAAUCCCGGAACCUGGAGCCUGCUCUAAUUUGGGCUGCCACCAACAAUGAACGACUUAAACAAAGUGGAUCUGAUAUUGAACUGAAGCUUCAUCGCCUUCAGUUUGUGGAGAUCUUGCAGAACAAUGGCAGAGAUGAAGCUCUGAAGUAUGCUAGAACAUUUUUUGCUCCUUAUGCUACUAGUCGUAUGGCUGAAAUUCAAAAGCUCAUGGCUUGUCUUUUAUGGGCUGGAAGACUCAACUCCUCACCAUAUUCCGAAUUAUUAUCCUCCGUGCAUUGGGACAAAUUGGCUGAGGAGUUCACCGUGCAGUUCUGCAACCUUAUUGGGCAAUCCUAUGAGAGUCCGUUGAGUGUGACAAUUGCAGCUGGAGCUCAGGGGUUGCCAACCCUUCUGAAGCUGAUGAAUGUGAUGAAUGGUAAGAAGCAUGAAUGGCAAUCCAUGAAACAAUUACCGGUGCCCCUGGAUUUGGACAGAGAAUUCCAGUUCCAUUCGAUGUUUGUCUGUCCAGUGAGCCGGGACAUGGCAAGUGAAGAGAACCCCCCUAUGCUGAUGUCAUGCGGACAUGUACUGUGUAAGCAAUCUAUUACAAAGCUGUCCAAAAAUAAUAGCACGAGGUUCUUCAAGUGCCCUUACUGUCCCUCUGACGUCGAAGCAGGUCAGUGCAGGCAAUUGUAUUUCUGAUCUUCGUUAAAAGAUUUACUAGAGUUGUAUUUAGUUGGCCUUCCUACAUGCCCCCCACCCCCGAUCAAAAAAAAAAAAAAAAAAA